AAUUGCAAACUUAUUUUGAAUGGUAAUAAGGAUGAAAUCAAUAAAGCCAAGAAAAUUAUGGUUAACUUACCGAAAAUUCCGAUUUUUGAAGAAGCGUAUUUAGAAUGGACCAAAAAUUGUUCACAGUUCAAGCAUGAUCGGGGUUACAUUAACACCGCAUUAUCAGAUGAAGAAGAAAAUUUUCCUCUAGCUUUUAGUAUAUCAUCAUAUACAGAUAUUGAACAAACUGAACGACUUUUACGAGCUAUUUACCAUCCACAAAAUCUCUAUUGCAUCCACAUUGACAUCAAAUCUUCCUUUUUGUUCCACAACGCUGUUAGGUCAAUUGCUAACUGUUUUCCAAAUGUGUGGAUCGCAACAAAAUUGCAUAAAAUAAAAUGGGGAGACAUUAGUGUUAUUUUACCAGAAAUCAGUUGCAUGAGAGAUCUCUUAAAAUACUUUAAAGGAAAAUAUAAAUAUUUUAUAAAUCUUACCGGUCAAGAAUUUCCAUUAAGAACCAAUUUUGAAUUAGUUAAAAUUUUAAAAAUUUUCAAUGGAUCAAACGAUAUUACAGGGUCUCAGUUGAAGUCACGCGUAAACUAUGUGUGGAAACAUCGGUGGAGUAAAACCUACCAGCAGACAGUUCUUUAUAAAACUCAGCAAAAAAAGAAACCUUACGAAUUUCUCAAUUUGACGUUUUACAAAGGAGAAACGCACGGACUAUUCGCGAGCAAAAUGACUGAAUUCAUUAUAGAAAGUAAAGAAGGUAAAACAUUUUUUGAUUGGUGCAAAGACACUGGACACGCAUCAGAACAUUAUUGGAACACUUUGAACUAUAAUAAAUUAUUUAGAGCUCCAGGUGGGUACGAAGCUAAAAAUUGGGUAAAUGUGAAUAAUUAUCAGUGGCCGUGCAAUGGGAAAGUAGUUCGUGGUAUCUGCAUUUUCGGAAUAGAGGAUGUACCUUGGUUGUCUAAACGCCCUGAAUUAUUUGUCAACAAAUUUCAUCUUACGUAUGACUAUCUAGGAUACGAUUGUCUUGAGGAAAUU